AUGUCGUCCAAUGUUAUUGCACUUGAUUGUAUCAUUGUUGGAGCUGGGCUUGCAGGUCUUGCAGCAGCGCAGGCACUGAAGCUUGCUGGACAUCGAGUCAAGAUUUUUGAGAAAUCGUUGCAAAAAGGCGAAGUUGGUGCAGGAAUCAAUGUCACCGCAAAUGCCACAAAAAUUCUCAGCAGCUGGGACAUAGGCAAUGCGGCUACUCUUUAUACUGGCGUGAAGGUUGUUGAUGUGGCCACAAUAGAGGGAUAUAUCGCAUUGGCAGACGGCUCAAAACACCAUGCAGAUCUGAUUAUCGGUGCUGACGGUAUUCAUGUAGGCACUAUUGACGUUUCCAUAUCCCACAUUUAUCUGAUGUUUCUAGUCAAUUACAAGACAGCAUGUAUCGAAAGACGCCAGUUCAGUGAGAACUGGGUGGAAUGCUUUCCGAUUCACCACUCAACAGAGAAACUGAUGAGAAUUCAGGACGUCAUAGAUAUUUACUCAAGAAAAAAUGGAUGGUGGUCUGUCCUUACCUCUGAUCAUCAAGGACUUAUUUGGGGAGAGCUUCAGAACUUUGUUGCUUAUUAUGAAUCGGAUGAGGAUGUCGGAUCAAAAGGACUCGGCCAAAAUGAAUUACUAUCGGAGCUUUUAGCAGAAUUCUCCAAAUUCAACCCUAUUAUUGUUUCUAUUUUACGCAUAGCUGAAGAUAUCAAACCAUGGAUACUGCAGUAUCAGUCACCUCUCGAAAGCUGGUCUCGAGGGCAGUUGCUAUUAGUUGGUGAUGCUGCUCAUCCUGUACACUCUGUUCAAUCCGGGCAAGGUGUAAAUCUAGCUAUUGAAGACGUAGGUGCCUUGGAAAUGCUUUUCGGUAACAUCAAGUCAAAAGAUGAAAUAUUAGACCGAAUUACAACGUUCCAAAACGUUCGUUGUAAACGGGCAGGAGCUGUUCAAGUUCUGUCGCGGAUCAAACGUGGAACAGAAUAUCAAGAGACAAAUGUCUUGGACAAAUGGCUACCAAGCCACAUCCGAGUGUUCGAUGGCACGUCUCGAGAUUUAUUUAUUUAUGGGUCGGUUGAUCUCUAUUAUUCCAUAAUUAUUUGCUCCAAAAGAUUCUUGUUUUCUAAUAUUAUACAAGCAUGA